AUGCAAUGGCAGAAUGAUGAGGAAUGGAAGGAGUGUUUGGAUGAGCUCUGGGAUACAGUGGAGGAAGAUGAGUUGGAGCGUCGCAGAAAGGUCUUGACUGAGAUGAAGGUCAGCAAUAGGGAAGUCUGCAGCGAAGAAAUGCGCCAGGCCUACUUGAGCCGGCAAGCGGAGAUUGAUUCACAGUGCAAAAGUGGCCUUGAAAUCUCAAUCCGAGCUAUGGCAGGCGAUCUAAUGGCUGAACUCACAGUCAACGGUCGCUGCACAGCGGGUCAGCUGGCCGCGGAGCUUGCAAAUUUGGUGGAGCCAGAGCCACAAACGGAGUACCGUUUGGCCAUUGACACAGAGGCGUUGAGGCCAGAGGAUUGCCUGAAAGAUUUUAUUUGCAACGGUGCAGAGCUCACAGCCUUGGUCGUUGAAUCUGCAGUGCUGCUGAUCCGCUUCGAGAUGCCUUUCACUGUGCAGUGCCUGCGGUGUCAGCACUACAUCCGUCAAGGCACGCGUUACAACGCAGACAAGAAGAAGGUUGGCAUGUACUUUUCCACACCGCUCUACGAGUUUGCGAUGAACUGCGGCAACAUUGUGCAUCCAGCAAGAUCUGCAAAUGGUACAGCACAUUGCAACCAACGAUUUGUUAUCCGGACGGAUCCAAAGAACGAUGACUAUGAGCUGGCAGAAGGUCUUCGCAGAAAAGUGGAAGUCUGGGAUAGUCAAGACUCGGAGACUCUUGAGCUUGUCGAUCCUGAGACUCGGAGACGGAUGGAUACAGAUCCAAUGUUUCGAGUUGAGAAAACUUUGCGCGACCGGCAGAAAGAGAAAAGCAACAAGGAAAGGCUUGCAGAUUUGCAGGAUUUGCAAGCAGACCGUGAGGAUGCGUAUGGUUGGAACUGUGUCCUGCGAAAAUCAAAUCGCCUUCGCAGAAAGGAAGAAAAAAGGAAAGAGGAGGAAGAAAGGCGCAAGGGCAAGCCAAACUUUGUGGUGCCGUUGGCCCCUCCGGACGAUGGUAUGCAGAAGGCGCAGCAAGUCGCAUUCUUGACAGAUCAUGACAAGAUUGAAGUGGCAGUCAGGCGCUCUACUUUGCGAGCGCGACCGGUGCUCAAACCAGCCGAUGACAAUGCAGCUGCGAUCGCUGGCCUUGUGGCCAAGCGGAAGAGACUGCAGCAACACUCGAGAAUGGUACGUGCUCGUGUGAGAUAG